AUGCAGACAGCAAACAACGGUCCAGAUUCGUCAUCAGCCGCAACAACACCACCGUUGCAGCAAACCACUCCUCCACCUCAGCAACAACAACAGUGGCAGCAACAGCAGCAAUGGAUGGCGAUGAUGCAGCACCCUGCGGCUAUGGCUAUGAUGCAGCAGCAACAGAUGAUGAUGUAUCCUCACCAAUACGCUCCCUACAGCCAAGGUCACUAUCAGCAGCAUCCUCAGUUUCAAUACGCUGCCUAUCAACAGCAGCAGCAGAAUCACCACCAGCGUGGUGGAUCUGGUGGAGAUGAUGUGAAGACUCUCUGGGUUGGUGAUCUUCUUCAUUGGAUGGACGAGGCUUAUCUCCACACAUGUUUCUCUCACACCAACGAGGUUUCUUCUGUGAAAGUCAUAAGAAACAAGCAAACUUCUCAGUCAGAAGGGUAUGGUUUUGUGGAAUUCCUCUCACGUUCAGCAGCUGAGGAAGUUCUUCAAAACUAUAGCGGUGUAACAAUGCCCAACGCAGAGCAGCCCUUCCGUUUGAACUGGGCGUCUUUCAGUACCGGUGAGAAGAGGGCAUCAGAGAACGGUGGUCCAGACCUGUCGAUAUUCGUUGGAGACUUAGCUCCAGAUGUCACUGAUGCUACAUUGCUCGAGACUUUUGCUGGAUACCAAUCUGUCAAAGGUGCAAAAGUUGUGAUUGAUUCCAACACUGGGCGUUCCAAAGGUUACGGGUUUGUCAGGUUUGGUGAUGAGAACGAGCGGUCAAGGGCGUUGACUGAGAUGAAUGGUGCUUUCUGCUCGAGCAGGCAGAUGCGUGUUGGUAUUGCAACACCUAAAAGGGCUGCUGCUUAUGGCCAACAAAAUGGUUCACAAGCUCUGACACUUGCUGGUGGACAUGGAGGAAAUGGUUCGAUGUCUGAUGGGGACUCAAACAACUCAACAAUAUUUGUUGGUGGACUUGACGCUGAUGUCACUGAAGAAGACCUCAUGCAACCUUUCUCCCAGUUUGGGGAGGUUGUUUCAGUGAAGAUCCCAGUAGGAAAAGGAUGCGGUUUUGUCCAGUUUGGUAACAGGCAGAGUGCUGAGGAAGCCAUUGGGAACUUGAACGGGACAGUCAUUGGGAAAAACACUGUCCGGCUAUCUUGGGGAAGAAGCCCUAACAGACAGUGGAGAGGAGACUCGGGCCACCAAUGGAACGGAGGAUACUCAAGAGGACAAGGUUACAACAACGGAUAUGCUAACCAGGACUCAAACAUGUAUGCUACUGAAGCUGCUGCUGUCCCUGGAGCUUCUUGA